AUGAAAGAUCGAUCUUCUGUUGAUGUGGAGGUUGCUCCACGAGCGCAGAUUGUCAAAAAGUCCAUGUGGCAGUCUAUCUUUGACAAUCCGAAAGUACUCUUCAUCGCAUUCUUUGCCUCGUUAGUUUCCCUAUUCUGCAGCUCUUCAUCACAAUCUAACCUUGUCAGUUUCGGUGGUUUCGAGUAUGGAUACCAACAGGGCGUCCUCGGCCAAUCUCUGGUCAUGACCCGCUUCGUGGAAAACUUCCCGACUGUCGUCGCAUCUUCCACAGCAACGGGUUGGUUGACCUCCGUUCUGCAGUUGGGAGGUAUUGUUGGAUCUCUCACAGCGGGUAUCCUGGGCGAGAUCUUCUCCCGCAAAUACACCAUGUUUUUCGCGUGUUGCUGGGUUAUUCUGGGAAGUUAUCUUUACAUCGGCGCCACAGCGGGAAACCCUUCUCUUCUGUAUGCCGGUCGUUUCUUCACUGGUCUUGGCGUGGGCCUGUUCAGUGGUGUCGGGCCACUGUACAAUGCCGAACUAGCAGCUCCAGAGAUGCGUGGAUUGUUGGUGUCUUUCUACCAGUUCGCCACGAUCUUGGGAAUCAUGAUUUCCUUCUGGGUUGGUUACGGAAGUAACAACAUCGGCGGUACGGGCGCGAUGCAGUCCGAUUUGGCCUGGCGUCUUCCUUCCAUUAUCCAGGGUAUUCCAGCCGUGUGUCUCGCAUGUGGAAUUUGGUUUAUGCCGUUCUCACCUCGCUGGCUGGUCAAGAAGGGCCGCGAUGAAGAGGCACAGGCUACUCUUGCUUGGAUGCGGAAGGUACCUGUUGAGCACGAGCUGGUUCAGGUGGAGUAUUUGGAGAUCAAGGCCGAGGCCGUCUUUGAGGAGCGCGCUUUUGCCAAGGCCUUCCCGAGAUUGGCAGAGCGUGAGCGCAAGAGUGUUUUCAUGAAUCAGAUUGCGCAGUAUGCCAAUUGCUUCCGGACUAUGGAUAACGUUAAGCGGGUGACUACUGCGUGGUUGAUCAUGUUUUUCCAGCAGUGGAGUGGUAUCGAUGCCAUCAUUUACUACGCUUCCAAUGUCUUUGUGAGUCUUGGUCUGACUGGUGGUACCAUUGCUCUUCUUGCAACUGGUGUGACUGGCGUUGUGUUCAUUGUCAGCACUAUCCCUGGAAUGCUUGUGAUCGAUAAAAUUGGCCGUAAGCCUAUGCUUCUCGGUGGAUCUAUCGUGAUGUUCUGCAGCAUGGUUAUCGUCGGAGUGAUUGUGGCGAAAUUCCAACACGACUGGCCGUCCCAUGUGGCAGCUGGUUGGACCGCUGUUGCCCUCAUCUGGCUCUAUAUCGCAGGAUUUGGCGCCACCUGGGGUCCCGUCUCCUGGACCUUGGUCUCAGAGAUCUUCCCCCUCUCGAUCCGCGCCAAAGGCGCCUCGAUCGGAGCCUCAAGCAACUGGAUCAACAACUUUGCCAUUGCAUUCUUCGUUCCACCAAUGUUGCAGGCUUGGGAGUGGGGCACAUAUAUUUUCUUCGCAGCGUUCCUGGCGGUCGGUAUUGCUUGGGUUUAUUUCUACUUGCCCGAGACCAAAGGCACGUCUCUGGAGGAGAUGGAUCGCGUGUUCAAGAGCAACACUGGCGAGCGAGAUGCCGAAUUGAUGCGUGAGGCACAGCGCGACGUCGGUUUGACCGACUUCCUGGAACGUAUGGGUGCUGCCACUGGGCGAGAUCUGGAAAAGAGUGGUCCUCAGUAUAUUGAGAGUCUGUAG